AUGUCCUUCCUCCACAACCUUUUCAGUUCACCCGCUAAAUAUACACCUGCCAAGAAGCGCAAUAUCCCAGAAACACCGACCCCGCGCUCGAGUGAGAAGAGGAAGAGAGACGCGUAUGAUCCGGAGGAAUACCAGAAUGCUGUUUACGCGGGUGCGGGGGCGGUGACGGUGAGUGGAGAUGAUGGGUAUGAGAUGGAUGAGGAUGAGCUGGAUGAGCUGGAUGAGGUGGAGGCGGCAGCGCACCAACUUCAAGACGAAGCUGAAGUUGUGAUUGCUGGUGAGGAGGAAGAUGACGAUGAAGAUGACGAUGACGACACCCGGCCGUAUGCGACUCCAAAAUCCGUGCGCAAACUUUCGCGCGAUUUGUACGCUGCUCUGGAAGCGCGGAGUCCUGGUAGGACAGGAACACACGACAAAGCAGGGAAGACGCUGGCUGGUACGAGCACCAAAGUAGCAAUCUCGCCGUCGCCGUCGCCGUCGAUAUGCACAGGCAGCGAGACCGAGAACGAAGAAAACGAAGGCGAAGCGAUCGAUCACAUAGAUUGGUCCAGCAGCGACGACGACUUACAACUAUCGUUCUCCCCUACCACUUCGUCGGCCGGGCUAGACGUGACUAGUACUGGCGAGAUCGAAGUAGAAGUGGACAGACUCAAACACAAGCCUGUUGGCAAACAACAUAGACCACGGGCUGGGGCUGGAAGAUUAAAUACGACUACCACGCGGCACACAGCAACGAGACCUUCAACCUCAUCCAUCACACCACCGCCACCGCAACCACCACAAUCCCACCGCACCAUGCCCUCACAUACCACCACCCACCCCCAAGGUUUUGAAAACCCACGCGAUUGGCACGAAAAGACGCCGGAGGAGAAGUGGGAUACACAACCCAACCUACGCGCCCGCGAACUAAGCUCUUCACCCCACCGAAUCCGCGCAGAACUACCCUCAGAACCAGACUACGCCUUCCGCGACGCGGAGGUAAGGGAUGGAUUGUGGGGUCUCAUGUCCUCCAUCGAAGACUUUGCUGAGGAAUAUUUUUCGAAGGGUGCGCAUGCCGGGCAUACGACCAUGACCGCCGACGGCGACAGAUUCGUGCACAAGAUGUUCUUUGAGAGUUUCGACCGGAAUGCGCGGUAUGCAACAACCAUCCUUGCCCACCUCCCCACACCGACAUCCCUCCCUUACAACUUCAACGCCCACGUCAACACCAUCAUCGGAGCACUAUGGACGCACCUCUCGCCCCUCCUCACCCUAGCUCACCCACCUACAUACCCCGCCUCCACACCCCUCCCCAUCCCACCUCCUUCACUCAGCUCCGUCUUCGCAGACCUCCGCCGCCUCACCGUUUCCGCCGGCAUCCUCUCCCUGCACAUGCACCUCGACCCGCACACAGCAUACCACCACGUCCCGCUCUUCAAAGAAGAUAACUACGAUUCAUCGAUUAUGGAGUGUUGGAACGAUGGGCCUAUGAGACAACGGAAUAUGCGGAAUAAAUACGAAGACGUAGACGAGGAUGAGCAGAAGCGGCGUGAUGCGUUGAGCGAAACCGAGAAGAGGCGUGCGAGGGGUGAUACGGCGUUGACGCAAAUUAUAUGUUUUAACGGUGUGACUGCGUGUCGGAAAGGUGGAUGGGAGAAUGGUUCGUCUACCGCUAGCAAUCCCGUCUACGAGAAAGCGGAGUAUAAGAAUAUGGGUGUACGCGUAAGAGUGCUUACGCAAGGAUUGGUGUACUGUCGCUGGGGACGGGCGCUCAGUUCGCAGAAGACUGCUGAGAUGGAUAAUGAGACGGGGAAGAAGAUACAUGGGGAUGCGUGGAGACAGGGUGGGUUCAUGCAAUUUACGGAUGUGGAGGGUGUGUUUGAUUGGUUGGGGGUGGAGAGGAAGGAGAAGGCGGAUGCGAGGAAGGCUGUUUUGGAGAGGAUGGCUGGGAGGGCGGACGCUGGUGCAGGCUGA